AUGCUGCGUGAGUUAGUUCUCCUAUUCACUUGCAUGGCAUGGGUGGAAUUUGCCAUUCAUUUUUCUCCAUGGAUCAAGAACAUCUCCCAAAACGUUGAACUUUACACUCCUAGUACAUUUCACUCCCCAGUGCCAUUGACCACAUACAAUGAAGAGCACACACGUCUGCUUCAGAAUCUCCAGCGAUCCAGCGGGAAAUGGGACUCUACCCACCCUCGACAUCGAUUGUUAACUGCCUUGCAUGGGUAUACCUGCUACAAAGACAAAAGUCUAGCUGAGGUGGACAAAUGGAGGAAUCUUUAUAAGAAUGUUCCUAAGCGGCAGCGAACGUUGCUCGAGUCAACCAUCCACUACACACGUAAAAUCAACACAAUAGAACAUCUGGUCGAUACAAACGCCAAGCUAUCCAGAUCUAUUGUUGAGUACGGUCUUUCAUUCUACAAUAUCAGUCAAUCUGAGCUAGACGAAUUCAUCAAAGAAAGUGAAAGUCAGCAGCGGUCCGCUGAUAGAACUAGUGUCUCUCAGGGAAUGAAGCAUUUUGUGCGUGACUGGGCAGACGAGGGUCAUGAAGAGCGCCAACAAUCCUCUGGGUGCAUUUUGAACUCGCUCGCCCAGAUGCCACGAACUAAUGACAGACCCUUGCGAGUGCUACUACCUGGGUCGGGAUUAGGAAGACUGGCGCAUGAGGUCGACAAACUUGGAGGUGAGUAUAAGUUUAAUUAUCUGCUAGACUUCCAUUGGCUGAUUCGAGAGACGUUAGGCUUUGGUGUCACUAUGAAUGAAUGGUCAGCAUACAUGAACCUUGCGUACCGUUAUGUAUCCAGUCUCUCCGUCCCCAACAGUGUACAAUUCCACCCGUACAUCGACUGGUGGUCUCACCAUGCGACGACCAAUGAUCUUCAGCGGUCUAUUAGAUUCCCAAACGAAGUCAUUCACCCAUCAUCUGUCUUGCUCAUUGAGGGAGAUUUCACAACGGUAUUCACAGAACACACAGGCCUAUACGAUAUAAUCGUGACCUUGUUCUUUAUCGAUACAGCGCGGAACCUAGCCUCAUACCUUGAGACUAUACACAGACUGCUUCGUCCUGGUGGUCGUUGGGUGAACCUAGGUCCUUUAUUGUAUGGCACCGCGCCAUUUGUGCAGUUAUCACUGGAUGAGAUUGUGGCGCUGAGUAAUAGCAUGGGGUUUGAGUUCCAGGGGACAGAUCCCACGAUUGGAAAUGUUACAUUGCCUGGCUUGCCAGUGCGAGGAUUGGAAGUGGCAUAUGGUCGGAAUGGGCGAGGGUUGAAUAAAAAUGCAUAUCAGGCGCAGUAUUGGGAGGCUGUCAAGCGCUAG